AUGUCUAUUCGUAUAGCGCUGGACAACCAGCCCGAGUUCUACACCAAUAUCGAUUUCAUCCAAGGUCGAAUCAUUCUUGGUAUCAGCCGCCCUGAACAGAUUGGAAGCAUCGUUGUCAAGCUCGAAGGAGAGUCAAAAACAGCUUUGCAAGCUCCCAAUGCCUUCGAUCCACAGCACAUGGCUAGGCUUCAAACCGGCCCCCAACGACCUCCAGGCAGCCCGGCAACUGAGAACCACAAGAUCCUGUACAAAUUGCAGCAGGUCUUCCCUGACGAUUAUUAUGCUAGCUCAUCCAACCCAUACGGUGCAUACCCGCUGCAAGCUGGAGAGCACGAAUUCCCCUUCAAGUUCAAGCUCCCCAUCAACAAUGCCUGCAGCGAUCCAAUGGCAAUGUCGAAGAUCGGUGGAAUGGCCAACGUUGGUGGAUUCGGGGGCGGAGGGAUGUUCGGUAUUGGUGGUGUCAGGGUCAUGGAUGGCAGCAAGCAGCUCUACCUUCGUCAUGCCACCCGCACGCUACCUCCUUCGUUGACGGGAUAUCCUAUGGAGGCAGAGAUUCGCUACUACAUCAAGGUCACAAUUCAACGGCCGGGAUUACUCAAGGAGAACUGGCGAUACCAGAUUGGGCUCAAAUUUCUGCCCAUCGAGCCACCACGGCCGAAGCCAACAAGUCAGGAGGCUUUUGCUCGUCGCCCCUUUACAUUUCGACCGCAGUCUCCUCAACCAGAGAAGAAGCGUUCUUCUCUUUUCAACUUCGGCAGUAGCUCGGAUUCCAAGUCUGCUGCUACAUUAGAAGCAUCUGCAGAUGUUGCUCCAGCUCCAGCCAUCGAAAUAUCAGCACGCCUACCACACCCCAGUAUAUUGACAUGUAACAAGCCUAUUCCCCUACGGCUUAUCGCCAAGAAGCUCAACAACAAUCCCGAACAGGUCUAUUUGGUAUCAUUCCAGAUGGAACUGAUUGGUCGUACUGACGUUCGUGCACUUGAGCUUCAUAACCAAAAAAUCAACAGAUGGGUUGUUGUUUCCAAUCCCAAUCUCAAUAUUCCAUUGACUACAGGUCCCACUGAUGAAGUCGGGAAAGAGUUGGUGAUUCCAGACCAUGUGUGGAAAAACAUGUCUCUUCCCAAUACUGUGGCACCAUCAUUCGUCACCUGCAAUCUCUCCAGGAAAUACGAGCUUGAAAUAACGGUUGGCCUGGCCUGGGGUCAACCCAAGAAGGGUCUCACCUCCACCAAGAGUCCGCCGGUGAUUCUUCUACCACUACGGUUUGCGCAAGUAGAGGUUUACUCUGGUAUCACACCACCCCCUGAACUCCUUGAAGCCUCGACGUCAACACGGCCUGGACGAGCAACCUUUACGAAUAAUGUUCCUCCUCGUCUUCCACCAAGACAAAACUCAGUCACAACAUCACCUCAACAGCAGCAACCACAACGGCCUCCUCAAACCUUUGACCAAGCCCCUGCGCAGCCGGCUCACGACCCCCUCUACCCACCACAACUGGCUGCGGGUCAAGACGCUCCUCCAUACGAUGAUGCACCACCCAGUUAUGACGAGGCCGUUGCCGAAAACCUGGCUGGCCCAUUUGACGGAAUGCAGUCCCGGCCCGCCUAUAGUGGUGUCACAAACGAAAAUGCGCCGAGUCAAAUGCCCUCUGAGAAGAAUUGA